CACAGUGACGUCGGGGGCGAAAGAAAGCCGGGUACUCCGCCGAAACCGUGUGGCGGCGUUGUGGAGUUCUGCUCUCCGCGGCGUACUGGAUAAAAUCCUUGCUCUGAGUACUUUUACCUGUACUGUCUAUCGACUUUAUCGUUAAAAAUAACGUCUGGUGUUAAAUAAGUAGGUUGGGGGUCGCGUAGAGAUAUAUAUACACACACAUAUACAUACACCUAUUUGGAAGAGACGAAAGGAGGAAGACGAAAUAGCUGACAAUGUCGGAUACUGAGAACAACCUGCCAGAGCAGCCGGAGCCGCGGGUAGAGCAGAACGAGCCUGAGGGAGAAGAAGAGGAAGGGGAUGAAGAGCCUGGAAAGAGUUACGGUGAGGAGUUUUUUCCUUCCGGACAAGAGACCAAAAGUCUUCCAGGCUAUGAAGAGAAAAUGCAAACAGAUCGGACCAACAGAUUUGAGUACCUGCUGAAGCAGACGGAAGUGUUUGCUCACUUCAUUCAGCCUGCGGCCCAGAAAACUCCAACCUCCCCUUUGAAGAUGAAACCAGGUCGUCCACGGAUCAAGAAGGAUGAGAAACAGAACCUCCUGUCGGCGGGAGACAACCGUCAUCGUCGCACGGAGCAGGAAGAGGAUGAGGAGCUCCUGAAUGAGAACAGCAAGGUCACCAACAUCUGCACCCGUUUUGACGAAUCCCCCUCCUAUGUAAAAUCUGGGAAACUGAGGGACUACCAGGUCCGUGGGUUAAACUGGCUGAUUUCCCUCUACGAGAAUGGAAUUAACGGGAUCCUUGCUGAUGAAAUGGGUUUGGGUAAGACUCUGCAGACCAUCUCCCUGCUCGGUUACAUGAAGCAUUACCGGAACAUUCCAGGGCCCCACAUGGUGCUGGUCCCUAAAUCCACGCUGUGCAACUGGAUGAAUGAGUUCAAGCGCUGGGUGCCGUCCCUCCGUGCCGUCUGCCUCAUUGGUGGCAGGGAAGAAAGGACUGCAUUCAUACGAGACGUGCUCCUGCCGGGAGAGUGGGACGUGUGCGUGACCUCCUACGAGAUGCUGAUCAGGGAGAAGGCGGUGUUCAAAAGGUUUAACUGGAGGUACCUGGUCAUUGACGAGGCUCACAGGAUCAAGAAUGAGAAGUCAAAGCUCUCGGAGAUUGUGAGAGAAUUUAAGACGACCAAUCGGCUGCUGCUGACUGGAACCCCACUGCAGAACAACUUGCAUGAACUCUGGGCUCUGCUCAACUUCCUCCUUCCAGAUGUGUUCAACUCCUCGGAAGAUUUUGAUUCUUGGUUUGACACUAAUAACUGCCUUGGAGACCAGAAACUAGUGGAACGUUUGCAUAUCGUUCUGCGCCCCUUCCUGCUUCGACGUAUCAAAGCUGAUGUGGAGAAGACCCUCUUGCCAAAAAAAGAGGUGAAGAUGUAUGUGGGCCUCAGUAAAAUGCAGCGGGAGUGGUACACCAAGAUUCUGAUGAAAGACAUUGACAUUUUGAACUCCGCUGGCAAGAUGGACAAGAUGCGGCUCCUCAACAUCCUGAUGCAGCUUCGCAAGUGCUGCAACCACUCGUAUUUGUUUGACGGAGCUGAGCCUGGCCCUCCCUACACCACAGACCUGCACCUAGUCGUCAACAGUGGCAAGAUGGCUGUGCUUGACAAACUGUUGCCCAAGCUGAAGGAGCAAGGGUCCCGAGUGCUGAUCUUUAGCCAGAUGACCAGGAUGCUGGACAUCCUGGAGGACUACUGCAUGUGGAGAAACUAUGGCUAUUGCCGCCUUGACGGGCAGACUGCUCACGAGGAGAGAGAGAGCUCCAUCAACACCUUCAAUGAACCCAACAGUCCAAAAUUCCUCUUCAUGUUGAGCACACGCGCUGGGGGCCUCGGUAUCAACCUAGCCACCGCCGAUGUGGUCAUCAUUUACGACUCGGACUGGAAUCCCCAAGUAGAUCUCCAGGCGAUGGACCGAGCACACAGGAUUGGUCAGAAGAAGCAGGUCCGGGUAUUCCGCUUCAUCACAGAGAACACCGUGGAGGAGAGGAUUGUAGAAAGGGCAGAGAUGAAGCUUCGUCUGGACUCAAUAGUCAUUCAGCAAGGCCGGCUAGUGGACCAGAACCUGAACAAGCUAGGCAAGGAUGAGAUGCUGUCUAUAAUUCGCCAUGGAGCCACACACGUGUUCGCGUCCAAGGAGAGCGAGAUCACAGACGAGGACAUUGAUGCGAUACUGGAGAGAGGGGAGAAGAAGACCAUGGAGAUGAAACAGAAGCUGUCCACAAUGGGUGAAAACUCUCUGAGGAACUUUACCAUGGACACAGACAACAGUGUGUACAACUUUGAAGGGGAGGACUACAGAGAGAAGAAGAAGGUCAUCACCAACUGGAUUGAGCCCCCAAAGAGAGAACGCAAAGCCAAUUAUGCGGUAGAUGCGUACUUCAGGGAGGCUUUGCGUGUUAGUGAGCCCAAGGUUCCGAAGGCCCCUCGUCCUCCAAAACAGCCCAAUGUUCAAGACUUCCAGUUCUUCCCACCUCGUCUUUUUGAGCUGCUGGAGAAGGAGAUCUUGUUCUACAGAAAAACCAUUGGCUACAAGGUCCCCCGAAACCCUGACUUGCCCAAUUCAGCACAGGUCCAGAAGGAAGAACAGAGCAAGAUUGAUGAAGCAGAACCGUUGACUGAGGAGGAGCUGGAGGAGAAGGAGGGUCUCCUGUCACAGGGUUUUACUAUUUGGAACAAACGAGAUUUCAAUCAGUUCAUCAAAGCUAAUGAGAAGUGGGGCCGUGAUGAUAUUGAAAACAUCGCUCGUGAGGUGGAGGGAAAAACCCCAGAAGAGGUCAUGGAAUAUUCCGCUGUUUUUUGGGAGAGGUGCAAUGAGCUGCAGGACAUUGAGAAGAUCAUGGCCCAGAUUGAGCGUGGAGAGGCCCGGAUUCAGAGAAGGAUAAGCAUUAAAAAAGCUCUGGAUUCUAAGAUUGGGCGCUACAAGGCACCCUUCCACCAGCUGAGGAUAUCCUACGGCACCAACAAGGGCAAGAACUACACAGAGGAGGAGGACCGCUUCCUCAUCUGCAUGCUGCACAAGCUGGGCUUCGACAAGGAGAGCGUCUACGACGAGCUCAGGCAGUGCAUCCGCAACUCCCCCCAGUUCCGCUUCGAUUGGUUCCUCAAGUCAAGGACUGCCAUGGAGCUUCAGAGGCGAUGCAAUACUUUGAUUACGCUGAUAGAGCGAGAGAACAUGGAGCUGGAGGAGAGGGAGAAAGCAGAGAAGAAAAAGCGAGGACCUCGGACAUCCUCAGCCCAGAAGCGGAAGGCAGAAGGUGCCCCGGACGGCCGGGGGCGGCGGAAGAAGCUGAAGAUAUGAAGCGAUUCCUGGCACGACUCGGCCAGUCUCUAGCUUUUAGGGACGAUAGUGCUGUGUUUGUUUUACGGGUUGUGAUUAUGUACUGUACAAACCCCAGCUUCAGUUGACGUACUGGAACAAGUAGUACAUGUCUUAUGGUGACUUCCGAAAUACUGCACGAGUGCAGAAACUAUUUUUUUGAAACCCCCUUUUCUAACAUUAAUGGAUAUUGUGCUACUUUUUAAAAUGCGUUUUAUUUAUACCUUUGGUGAACUACUGCAUUCCAUUGCUUUUAAACACCCCCGCCCCCCCCCCCCCAAGAUGCCGUGUUUACCUCUAUAAUUGGAGUAGAAAAUGUACACAUAAAAUAGGGCUUCAAUUUUUGUAAAUCUGUUGAAAUUUGAGAUCUGCCCCAAAAAUGGGUGUUUACCCAUAGCUAGAGACAUUAGUCUAUGUUUAUAUAUAAGUGGAUUCACUGUUACUAGGUGAAGAUUGACCAUUACUGAUGUUUGGCUGGAAAAAAAAAAGUGUGUAAAACUGAAAAUCAUCCAUUGUUAAUACCCGCUCAGGUGUUGACUAUUAAAAAUGAAAAUCACCUUCCUCAA